UCGUCAGUGCCGGAGAGGCGGCGGCACCGAACACAGCUGCUGCUGCUGCUGAUCUGUGACGAGCACUUCAGUGAGGGUUUAAAGUGCCGUAAGGAGCCUCGGUGUGUGAAUGUGGACUUUGACUGAGGAGUGUGAGUGUUCGGUUUGUGGAUGCGGCCGUCCGGGUCGGUGUCUGCGCCCUGCAGGAUCAGCCUGUCGUAGGGCGCACGGAUUAUUCCGUUUCUUCACCCGUGGAUGAGGAAUAUUUGUCCGGAGAUGCUGCUGGUGGUGCUGCUGCUGGCGGCGACCUUCUCAUUUUUGCCUCCGAGUGGAGCAGCUCCAUCUCAGAGCGCAGAGCAGCUGGACCAGGGGGUGGAUUGGCUGAGCAAGUUUGGCUACCUCCCACCUCCUGACCCAGUGACUGGUCAGCUUCAGACCAAGGAGGCCCUGACCAAAGCCAUCAAAGCCAUGCAGAAGUUUGGAGGGCUGAAGGAGACCGGCAUCUUAGACCAAGCCACUCUAGGCCUGAUGAAAACCCCAAGAUGUUCUCUACCAGACGUGCCUGAGGCCGAAGUGAUUACGGGCCGCAGGAAACGAGGACUGAACUCUCAGAACAAAUGGAAUAAGAGGCAUCUUUCUUGGAGGUAA